UGCCGCUCGCACAUUCAUCUCCCCCAUCUCUGCUCUCUUCCAUUUCUCAAAACUUCUCUCAUCCACGAUCACGGCCAGUCAAAUCACCAAGAGUCCAACUCUUUCAAGUCGCCUCGUCGCCCUAUCGCCACUCUUUGUUCUUUGUUUGCCUCGUCUUUCGUUGCGCAUUUGUAUCGCCCAGAACAUCAGUUCGAAAUUUUGACAACAUCAACACCAAGAUGAAGUCCGUCGUUAUCGCUCUUUGCACCUUCGUGGCGGCCGCUGCCGCUCAGGGCUCGCCCAACCUUGCCGCCUGCGGUCAAACCUGCGCCACUAACAUGCUGGAUGCCGACAAAGCUGAGGAGCUGGGCUGCAAGCAGAAUGACCUGAAGUGCCUCUGUGCCAACAAAAACUUCCUUUACGGCCUCCGAGACUGCUCUGCAGCUAUUUGCUCGGCUGAGGAUGCCAAAAAGGUUGUUGAAUACGGCAUCAGCAUAUGUGCUUCGGCCGGAGUUGCGAUCCAGACAAGCACUGGAGGCGGAAAUGGUGGUGCCAGCAACACUGGAAGUGCAUCUGGCUCCGUUGUUAGCGGUGAAUCGACAAUUGCCACCGCUGUUUCUUCUGGUUCUGCUGCCGCAUCUGGCAAAGUGUCCACAAUCUUCAGUACCCUCACUUCUGAUGGUGAGACCAUUACUACUGGUAUCGCCACCACUAUUGUCAGCAAUCUGAGCGGAGGAAGCGCCAGCGGUGGUGCUGGUGCUUCUGGCCAAGUUUCUACCAUCGCCACCACUGUCACUGAAUCUGACGGCAGUGUUGAGACAAAAACCAGUGAGGUGACUUUGUCUGGCUCUGCCACUGCCACGGGUACUGGCGCGCACCAGACCGACAGUGCAGUCUUGACUACCGUGACGUCUGAUGGCUCUGCUAUCGUCAAGACUCUGACCACAAUUCACAAGACGACUAGCGAGACGGAGAGCGCUUCAGCCACUGAAACUGAAACCGUCACAAAGCCCGAGUCCAGCUCUAGCUCUGAGGGCGAAGCCACUGCGACUGAUUCCGGCAGCUCAAGCGCUUCUACCACGUCCACCAGCAGUGGCGCCGGCGUUCCUCAGAAGACCGCUGGACCCGUCGGCAUCAUUGCUGCCGCCGGCCUUGCCAUGCUCAUGCUCUAAUUCCCUGAUGGCCCUUUUUUUGAUGUUUCGCGUUGCACAUGUCUGAUAUAUAAUACCCUAUCAUUGUCUCAUAAUCCUCGACUUACUAAACAUCUUUCGCGCUCGGCGUGGGAACUUGGCGCUGAGUCUAUCUCUCAUGACAAGGAAAAUAGGAACAAGGUGAAUGGACAUGAACUGGGAAGGUUAAUGAGGGUUAAUGACUCAUAUGGUUUAUCGUUGAUUUUCUUUUUUUAAUUGGGCCAUGAGAAAAUAUAUCAAAGAUUCGGUAAUUAAUUGCUGGUAAUGAACCAGAGCAAUGUGGUAUGGAAAAGAGGAAUGAAUGAAGCUCAGGCUCAGGGCGAAUUGGAAUGCAAUCCUUACUUGCCUGUCGGACGAGAGACUCUAGACUAUCGUUUCCCUUGUCAUGAUAUGACACCCAGAUCUGGCACUGCCUAGGUAAACGGGCUGGAUCUCUUGCUCUCAUUUACAGGACAUUAAUAAAUAAUUUUGGUGCAACUUGCAAUU